AUGAGGACCCUUUCGUGGAAUGUCAGGGGCUGCAAUGCCUCUGACAAGAUUCACUUGAUCAAGCGGUGUGUUGAUCAAGUGAGGCCUGACAUUUUUCUCAUACAAAAAACAAAAAUCAAAGAAGAGGAUGUGAGUAUGUUCGCUAGGAAAUUUCAAACAUGGAAAUGUAACUUAGUAGGAGCUCAAGGAGCCUCUGGAGGCCUUGCAGCUCUUUGGAAAGAUUCAAUAGUGGAAGUGGAGGUUCUGAGGGCCACACGUUGGUGGCAAUGGUUGAAGAUCAAAUCAGUGCAACUUCAAUCAAGGUUCUUUCUUUUCAAUAUUUAUGGGCCUACCAACACAAAUUCGAAAAAUCAAGUUUGGAGUGAGAUUUCUGAGAUUGUGAGCAAUGACAAGGAAAAUAUAUAUAUUCUAGGAGGAGAUUUCAACGCCAUUCUUAGACCUUCAGACAAAAUGGGGGGUGUGGGUUGGAAUAGGCAGAGUCAAAGAGAUUUCAGCUCCUUUGUUACAAGAGCAGGACUGAUCGAAAUUCCUUUCAAAAUGGGGGAUUUCACUUGGACCAACAAAAGGAGUGGCUUCCUAAACAUCGCUGAAAGAUUAGAUCGAUUUUUUAUUGCUGGAGAUUGGGCAGAGAGUCAAUGGACAAGUGAAGCGGAGAUCCAUCCUAUCACGAGAUUAGACCAUUAUCCCAUAUGCCUAAGGAUUCAAGAUGAAAAUGCUCCAACGAGAUGUCCUUUUAGAUUUGAGGCAAUGUGGCUUCAAGACGGUAACAUCAGAGACCUUAUAGAACAAUGGUGGAAACAUAAGCCGGUGAAUCCAGGUAAUAAAGCUUUCACUUUCUUUAAAAAACUACAAUUUAUUAAGGAACAAUUAAAGCAGUGGAAUAGAGAAUCCUUUAGAAGUAUCUUUAAAGAUAAGAUAGAUUUGGAACAAGACCUAAAAUCCUUACAUGAGCAUGUAAUAACAAAAGGGAUGGAUGAGGAUUCUUUCAGACGGGAGAAAAUUUUAAGUUCAAAUUACUCGGAGGUUUUAGCUAGAGAGGAGAUUUACUGGAGACAAAAAUCCAGAGAAACCUGGUUAAAGAAUGGUGACAAGAACACAAAGUUUUUUCACACAUCAGUCAAAGUCAAAAGAGCUCAUAACAAGAUCUCCUCUAUAAAAAACAAAGAGGGAAUAACAAUCUCAGACAUAAAUCAAAUCAACCACACAACAAUUGAGCAUUUCUCUAAAAUUUUAAACAGAUUGGAAAAUUAG